CCCGAAAUUGGACCGGGGGGGAUCGGCGGCGUGCCUGUUGGCCAUGGCGGCGUCGGCGCAGAACCAGCCGGCCAAUGUGGAUCUCUUCGAUUUGUACUUCAGGAGAGCGGAUUUGGAUCGGGACGGCCGGAUCAGCGGCCUCGAGGCCGUCACCUUCUUCCAGGCCUCCGGCUUGCCCAAGCCCGUCCUCGCCAAGGUAUGGGACUAUGCUGACCAGAAUCGAACUGGUUUCCUUGGUCGGGCUGAAUUUUAUAAUGCUCUUAAACUUGUAACAGUAGCACAAAAGAAACGGGAACUGACUCCUGAAAUUGUGAAGGCUGCAUUAUAUAGCCCAGCUGCUGCUAAAAUCCCUGCACCACAGAUAAAUCUUGCUGGUGUUUCUGCACCACAACCAAACACUGGCACACAAGCAGCUGCUCCUCAAGCUGGCAUCGUUGCUUCAUUGACUCCCCAGAGUCUUGGAUUUGGAGGGUCACAAGCACCUCUUGGCGUAAACUUGAGCCAGCAGCAGCUCUCUUCUCAAGCUAGUCUGUUGCGUCCGCAAGCAGUACCUGUUGCAGCUUUGCAGCCAACACAGGGUGCUCCCACCCAGGGUUUUCCCUUGAGAGGUGCUGUAGUGGGUCCAUCUCUUCCGAACUCAAGCACUUCAAGUGAUUGGACAGGUGGAAGGAUGGGGGGACCUCCUAGUGGAACAGUCCCACAGGUCCCCAAUAGAGGAGUUGCCUCCUCCAUGACACCGCAUGGAUUUGCGAUUUCUACAUCAGGCCAUGAAACUUCACUGCCGCCUAGGCCACAGGCCCCCUCUGCGAUACCAUCCAGGCCAGAUGUUAGGGAUCCCAAACAAAUGGGUGUUUCAGGCAAUGGAUUUGCUGCCGACUCUUUUUUCGGAGAAGGUGCCUUCUCAGCAAGCCAACCUCAACCACGACAAGAAUCUUCUGCACUCAGUGCACCUAACUCACCGGCCACUUCUCUUCUGUCUGCUGCUAAUCAGCCUUUUGUUCGGCCAAAUGCUCUUGAAUCUCUGCAAACUUCAUUUGCUAUGCAACCUGUGGGUGGGCAACCCCGGCCAGCUCAGUCUAUAUUGAGACCGGCCCAGCAGGUCUCGGCUGCAAGUACAUCCACAUUUUCAUCAUCUGUGGUUUCACCCCCAUCUGCUAAUGCACCUUCCAGCCAAUCACAGAUGCCAUGGCCUAAAAUGACUCAAAUGGAUGUUCAGAAGUAUACGAAAGUAUUUGUGGAAGUAGACAAAGACAAAGAUGGGAAAAUUACUGGUGAACAGGCGCGCAACCUCUUUCUGAGUUGGAGACUUCCUCGAGAGAUUUUAAAGCAAGUGUGGGACUUAUCGGAUCAGGAUAACGAUAGCAUGCUUUCUCUCAGGGAGUUCUGUGUUGCACUCUAUUUGUUGGAGCGAUAUAGAGAGGGGCGUACCCUUCCAACUGUCCUUCCUAGCAACAUUUUAUUUGACCAGCCUGGUCAGCCUGGUCAACCAUCUGUGGGAUAUGCAAAUGCAGCUUGGUCGCAGGCAUCUGGUUUGCAGCAACAAGGGAUGGCUGCGCCUGGUUCUCAGCACAUGGCACAUUCAGCCAGAGGAAGGCCUCCCAGGCCCCCUGCUGCCCCUCCAUCGGAUGAUGCGGUACAGCCCAGGCAGCAGAAAAAAGUUCCCGUGUUGGAGAAGCACCUUGUGGACCAGCUUAGUAAGGAGGAACAGAGUUCUCUCAGUUCAAAGUUCCAGGAAGCGAUGGAUGCUGAUAAGAAGGUGGAGGAGCUGGAGAAAGAAAUAAUGGAUUCUAGAGAGAAAAUUGAGUUUUGCCGUACUAAGAUGCAAGAACUCGUUCUGUAUAAGAGCAGAUGUGACAAUCGCGUCAAUGAAAUCAUGGAAAGAGCAUCUGGCGACAAACGUGAGGUGGAGACCUUAGCAAAAAAAUACGAAGAGAAAUGCAGGCAAGCUGGAGAUGUGGCCUCUAAGUUAACCAUUGAGGAAGCAACAUUCCGCGAUUUACAGGAGAAGAAAAUGGAGCUGUACCGAGCUAUUGUCAGCAUGGAAAAAGAUGGUGGUGCUGAUGGUGCUCUACAGGGCCGUGCUGAGCAUAUCCAGACUGAUCUUGAUGAGCUUGUGAAAAAUCUCAAUGAGCGCUGCAAGAAGUACGGACUACGUGCAAAGCCAAUUUCUGUUCUUGAACUUCCAUUUGGCUGGCAACCUGGUAUCCAAGAGACAGCUGCUGAUUGGGAUGAAGACUGGGAUAAGUUUGAAGAAGAAGGUUUCACAUUUGUCAAGGAGUUCACGCUUGAUGUACAAAAUGUCAUAGCACCCCCUAAAGAGAAAUCUUCAUCAGCUCAGGUAGCAAAGCCAUCUGCACAUAAGAGCCCUGUUGCCCCUUCAUCACCUCACGCAGAUGUGGACAAAGAGAAGCCUUUGACUUCAGAUGGGCAUGUAGUAGAAAAUGGAAUACACCACAAAAAAAGUGAAGAUGGCACACCCAAAAGUGCACCGAGCAGUCCUGCAGCUACAAGCACAAUUGAAAGUCCCUCUAGAGAUUUUGCGCAUGCUGGCUAUGGAAAGACAACCACUGAGGAUUCUUCAUUGCAUUAUUACAAAGAAACUCAAAGUGAUCAUGAGGCUGCUGGCUCUGUCCUCUCUGGGGAUAGGAGUUUUGAUGAACCAGCAUGGGGAACAUUCGAUACUAAUGAUGAUGUAGACUCCGUGUGGGGAUUCAACCCAGUAAGUUCGAGCAAGGAUACGGAUCAUGAAGGACUCAAAGAUGAUUACUUAUUUGGAUCGAUGGAAUUUGGCCUUAAUCCUAUCCGGACUGGGCCGCCACAGGCUGGUUUUCAGAAGAAGAGCAUGUUUUUUGAUGAAUCUGUUCCCAGCACACCACUCUAUACUUCAGGCUUUUCUCCAAAAUACAGUGAGACAUCACGGCCAUCAUUCGACAGCUUCUCGGGUCAGAAGAAGAGCAUAUUUUUUGAUGAAUCUGUUCCCAGCACACCACUCUAUACUUCGGGCUUUUCUCCAAAAUACGGUGAGCCAUCAGGACCGUCAUUCGACAGCUCCUCAAGAUUUGAUUCUUUUAACAUGCACGACAGUGGAGUCUUUUCCCAGCGCGACGCAUUCUCGCGGUUUGAUUCUUUCAACACGCAAGACAGCGGAACCUUCCCCCAACGUGAUAUAUUCUCAAGAUUUGAUUCUUUCAACACACAUGAUGGCGAAAGCUUUCCCCAACGCGAAACAUUAACGCGAUUUGAUUCAAUGCGCAGCAGUGUCGAUUUCGAUCAUGGUCAUGGUUUCCCGUCAUUUGAUGAUUCGGAUCCUUUUGGUACUGGUCCAUUUAGGACUUCCAAGGAGAGUCAAACUCCAAAAAGUUCAGAUAAUUGGGGUCAUACUCCAAAGAGCUCAGAUAACUGGAGUGCCUUCUAGCUGGUGAAAGAGUCGUGCCUCAUCACUUCCUGGACUGAGCCGUUGAGUUCAUCAAGUGGUUUGUUUGUGUCGCAUCUUGUUUCGCAACCGAUUGGAGGACCAUAGAGUAUUCUCUUGUAUUAUUUUUUGUGUGUAUUAGUAGCUUUUCAGUGAUCUGUGCUUUAUUUUUGGCAGCUUCGACGAUGGAUGAUAUCUUCUCUUUCUUCCUCUUCUUGUCCUAGUGUUCUCGAAUUCUUCAUUUUCCAUGUUCUACUGAUUGAGGAUCUUAAAUUCUUUAUGUCAUACAACAGCUAUAGGGAAGCUGUUUUGAUCCCGUUCGGACUGUUGGAUGAAUAAAAUAGUUUUUGCGCUA